AUGAACGCCGAUGAGCGGAUUGAUCGACUGCGAGAAGAGUUGCAAAUCACCCGUCACCAGUUGAGUUUGGCGCAAGCUGAGGCAACACACUACCGACGUCUUUUAUUGCAGCAGUCGUUAUCACCACAGCCACUUGAAAAGAAAGAAAUAGAGCAGAUGAUGAAUGUUAAUACACUACAAUUUUCAAACUACCAGUUGGACAGUACUUUAAUGAAUGAGAAAAAUGAUCAUAAUUAUAAUGAUGAUGAUAUAGAUAGUGACAAUGAUGAGAAUGUAGAUCAUGUCUCUUCUCCGGUAUUUCGUCAGUCGUUAAUAGGGCCAUCCAGGCCGUGCCAUUCUAAUUACGGCAAUCAUGAGAGAAAUGUGGUGUACAAGUUUGUCCCACCGCUAGAGUUUUUACCAGCCGUAUUUGUCGCGGAGUACCGUGAUGUUAUUGAGAUUAUCGAAAAGUACGCACAGUUAUAUCACCGGUUUGCAGGCGAUAAUACGCUGUCCGUAUCUCAGUAG